CCAAAGUCAGGAAGCCAUUGUUGAGGAUAUACUGAAUCUGAGACAAAUACUUGAGACUGGCUGGUCAGCCUACAUUAAAUUUCAAUCUAGUCUAACGGAUUCAUUAACUGAAGAGUGUUUUUUUUACUAUCAAGAGGACACCUUGGGUGGAAAAAUCUAGUGUCCCUGACUCCAUAUGAAGUUAUCUGAUGAUUGAGUUAUUCAGGAUUGAGUUCUCAGGAGUGGGCUGUACAUCCAGGAGGGGUGGUACAGUGAGAAAUUGUUUCCAGAACAGAACUGUCAGGCUUCAGUUGUGUGGAAAUUCCUAGGAGAAGGUUAUGGAAAGAAUCUUGUGGGGAAAUCCAGGUUUGCUGGAUGGAGAUUGUACAGAUACUGUGGAACCAAGAGCCAACAAGGAAAUCCUGAAUGAAGCCAACAUGUUAGUAAAGGAUCAACCAGGAUCAGCAGAGAUUCCUGGACCCAGUCAGCAGGGGCCUGCCCUUCAAGACACAGACAGCUUUCAGUGUUUUGUGUGUGGGAAGCGUUUCAGAUGGCCCUGUCUUUUGAAAAAACACCUGCGUGUUCACACAGGAGAGAAACCAUUUGAGUGUGUAGAGUGUAAGAAGCGAUUUAGUAAAUCCAGUAACUUAAUAAGGCAUCAGCGAUUUCACAGAGGAGAGAAACCGUUUGAGUGCAAUGUUUGCACAAAGCGGUUUUCCACCUGUAACGAUCUGAAAGUGCACCAGCGAAUUCACACUGGAGAGAGACCGUUUGAAUGUAGGGUGUGUAUGAAGCGAUUUUACACAUCUGGCCAUUUGAUUCGGCAUCUGCAAAUCCACACUGACUAGAAAGUGCAUAAAAAGAGGUUUGAUGCAUUCUGUCAAUUGCAACUAGUACAUUGAUUUAAUACUGGAGAGAUGCACUGGAUUAAGCUAUCAUCAUUGUAGAACAAUACCUUUUAUUCAGACACCAGUAUAUCAUAUAUAGCACAGCCCUGCUGUCUGCCUCAGUAACAACUCCAGACCCUACUGAGCAGCCCCUGGAGCAAUGGUACGUCACCACUAUUAGUAGCACAUAUUCCAAGGUCUAUCUGUACCUGGUUAGUAUAGUGAAAUAUAAAUGAAGCAGUUUGGUGCUGCAUGGGUUCCCAAUGAUGAGAAUGUCUGAAUUCACCUCCCCGUAACUGAGUAAUUAAUAGGAAUAGAACAGUAAAGUGAAAGCCGGAAACCGGAAAUAAAAGCAGAAAAAGCUGCAAAUGCUGAGGAGGUCAGUGUAACACUGUGUGUAACCCUGUCUCUGGUUUUCAAUAUUUAGAGAUGUAGAAUGCCAUGGUAUCUAUGUUAGCAACUCUUGUACGUGAAAUGGAUUUCUCAAGCAGCUGUCUGGUUGUCCUAUUUCCACUUCCAUGAUAUCUACUUGUGCACAAUUCCACGGUCAAUUUCUCCAUGAAGAGUUUAACUGAAAACACCAGAGCUUACCUUCAUAAGGCAGAGCACAAUUAUAGCGUUAACACAUUAGAUCACAUUUUAUUUUCAUUAUACUGUUCAUCCUAUCCCACUCUGCUAUGAUCUGUAUCUGAGAUGAUUCACAAUCACGAAUGGAUCUCUCCUGGUAGUUUGAUGUGCAGUUUUUACUGGUCAACUUCAUCAAUUAAUCACUUGAAAAUGUUUGAUCAAGGUGGCCAAGUUUUCACAGUUGAAGAGCAGCAAAUUGUACACAUUAGAAAUUUGAACUAUUCUAAAUAUAGUACAUCAAUGUGAUGACUCACUGAUCUUUCAAUAACAUGAAGCAUGUUUUAUCUCUCGCGCAUGCGUGUGCACAAUUUUACUGAUCUAGUUUUAUUUGUCCCUGUCUCUUUCGUACUAGGAGAACUGAAAAAUGUGAAAAGAAUUUUUGUUAGUUUGGUGGAAUGGAAGGAUUUUGGGCAGAAGCAAUUAAAUAUGGAUAGGUAUGAAGUAACACUUUGAGAGAACAAACAAGGAAUGAGAGUGUACACUCAAACGGAAAAACACUGACGAUAUGAAUUAAUAGAGAACUGAGCUCAGGCUGGAGCUUUCUACCGCUCUCAGCUUCCCAGGAUCACCAUUGCACAAAGUGAACAUGGAGGAGAAUCAUGGGAGGGCAAGUGUGCAAACAAUAAACCCUGGUUGCAAUGUUCUGCCAGAAAGGCCAAUAACCUUUUGGAUUGUUUUAACUGGAUAUAAGAGUUCAGGAGUAAUGAUGUAAUUGGUUAGAUAGCUGUUUUGGGUGCCUCAUGGAAAGGACAUUAAAAUCAAUGCAAAC